AAUAUUUUCUUGACGAAGCAAUAAAUUUCAUAUCAGCAAAUGAUUUCAAAGCAGUCGAUCGUUAGACAGUGUCCACUUCAGACAUCUUGAAACAGUUCAGUUUUUUUUGGAUUUUCUUUCCGUUUGAAAAAGUAGUAACCAAAAUCUCAAGUAAAAAUGCCAGAGCACCCAUUUGUAUUGGAAACCGGGCCAAUUUCAGCCGAAACCAAGAAGAUCGCUGAAACGGAAUUGAACGAAACACCCGAACGUGUUGAGGAGAGUAUUGCCGAAUUUCGUCGCCUUUUGCAUGAAAAUUCCGAUUUGUAUUUCCGUGAUGAUGAUGAUUUUCUGAAAAUAUUUCUACGUCCAUGCCACUACUAUCCAGAGAGUGCUAUCAAAUUGAUGCGUCGUAUUUCUGAAUUCAAGCGUGAUUAUGUGGACGUAUUGAAGAAUUUGAUGCCCGAAAAUGAGAAAGAUGCAUUUGAAAACAACGACGUUGUGAAUGUGUUGACCAAUUUAGAUCAGGAUGGUCGUCGUGUGUUGGUUGUUCAUUGUGGCAAAAUCUGGGACCCAAAGAAAGUUUCAUCCGAACAAUUGUUCCGUCUAUUUUAUUUGAUCCACAUCGCUGCUCUGGUGGAGGAGAACACUCAAGUGCGCGGUGUUGUUGUGAUAAUGGAUUUCGACGGAUUGGGCAUGUCACAAGUCAGAGCCUUAACGCCAGCUUGGUCGAAACGUUUGCUGACAUUCAUCCAAGAUGCUAUGCCAUUGCGUUUGAAACAAGUACAUAUAGUGAAUCAACCAUUCAUCUUCAACAUGGUGUGGACGCUCUUCAAGCCAUUCGUCAAGGAAAAACUAUCAAAACGUAUGCACUUCCAUGGCAAGGAUCGCAAGUCGCUGCUGAAACACAUUAAUGCCGCAAAUCUACCAGCCAACUAUGGUGGUGACUUGCCAUUGAUCGAUUAUGGAGCCAAAGAUUGGUAUCCAUGUGUCAACGAUCAUAUUGAUUUUAUUGCCAAGUGGAAUGCAUACGGAUUCGCCAGCUCGAAUUAAACCAUCGUUUGUCGAAUUUUACUCAAUUCCAAUGCUGCAGCUCUGACUUUUCAGGCAACAACAAUUGAGUGUCCUUUUCAAUUUAACGUUCAGUUUCAGUGCUAAAACCUUUUCUCAUUUUGCAUCUAUUUAUCUCCAAAAGGCGAAAAAAGAUGAAACACACACACAUUACACAUACAAAAUAAGUCUGGAGUAAGAAAUGAUGGAAGUCUUACCGAAUAAUUAAUUUAAGGGAGCAUUUAUUAAGAUUUCAUGUUUUUAUUGGGAAUGUGUCAAAUUCAUAUAUCAAUUGAAUGAAAUAAAAUGAAAUUCUAUUUUUUCUAGAAAAAAAAAAAAAAAAA